GUACCUACAGAAUAUUGAGCAUACAGAACCAGGAUCUUAAAACUUCAUCACCUUGAAUUAAGGAUUUGUUUGCUAACCUUGAUCUCUACUCAAUAUCAAGUAACAGUGUUUUUUUUUGUUUUUUUUUUUAAGAAUUAACAUAUUUACACUAAGGAGAUUUUGGAACAUAAUACUACCCAGACUUUCCAAUGCCUAAAAACAGCAAGGUGGUAAAAAGAGAAUUAGAUGAUGAGGUUAUUGAAUCUGUCAAAGACCUCCUUUCAAAUGAAGACUCAGCUGAUGAUGCUUUUAAGAAGAGUGAAUUAAUUGUUGAUGUUCAAGAAGAGAAAGAGAUUGAUAAUGAAGAAGGAUCUGAAGUUGAAGAUGAAAGACCAGCUUGGAACAGUAAACUACAAUACAUCUUGGCCCAAGUUGGGUUUUCUGUAGGUUUAGGGAAUGUUUGGCGAUUCCCGUACCUAUGUCAGAAGAAUGGAGGUGGUGCAUAUCUUUUGCCAUAUUUAAUACUACUUCUGGUAAUAGGUAUUCCCCUUUUUUUCCUGGAACUUUCUGUGGGUCAGAGAAUUCGGCGAGGAAGCAUUGGUGUAUGGAAUUACAUAAGCCCUAAACUGGGCGGCAUUGGAUUUGCAAGUUGUGUAGUGUGUUUUUUUGUGGCUCUCUACUACAAUGUCAUCAUUGGCUGGAGUUUGUUUUAUUUUUCUCAGUCUUUUCAGCAACCUCUACCUUGGGAUCAGUGUCCUUUGGUGAAAAAUGCUUCAAAUACUUUUGUGGAGCCUGAAUGUGAAAAAAGUUCUGCUACCACCUAUUAUUGGUACAGAGAAGCACUGAAUAUUUCCAGUUCCAUCUCUGAAAGUGGGGGCUUAAACUGGAAGAUGACCAUCUGCUUGCUGGCUGCAUGGGUUAUGGUUUGCUUGGCUAUGAUCAAAGGCAUUCAGUCUUCUGGAAAAAUCAUGUAUUUUAGUUCUCUUUUCCCAUAUGUGGUACUUAUAUGCUUCCUAAUCAGAGCACUCCUUUUAAAUGGUUCAAUUGAUGGCAUCCGUCACAUGUUUACCCCUAAGCUUGAAAUAAUGCUGGAGCCCAAGGUCUGGAGAGAAGCUGCUACUCAGGUGUUCUUUGCAUUAGGUCUGGGAUUUGGUGGCGUAAUUGCCUUUUCAAGCUACAACAAGAGAGACAACAACUGCCACUUUGAUGCUGUCUUGGUGUCCUUCAUCAAUUUUUUCACUUCUGUCCUGGCAACACUGGUAGUGUUUGCAGUUCUGGGCUUCAAAGCAAAUAUCAUAAAUGAAAACUGCAUUGCACAAAACUCAGAGAUGAUCAUAAAAUUGUUGAAAAUGGGCAACAUUAGUCAGGAUAUUAUUCCUCAUCAUAUCAACUUUUCACUUGUUACUGCAGAGGAUUAUCAUUUAGUUUAUGACAUCAUUCAAAAAGUGAAAGAAGAAGAAUUUCCUGCACUUCAUCUCAAUUCCUGUUACAUUGAAGAUGAGCUAAAUAAAGCUGUUCAGGGCACUGGUUUAGCCUUUAUUGCCUUUACAGAAGCGAUGACACAUUUCCCUGCAUCUCCCUUCUGGUCAGUGAUGUUCUUCCUCAUGCUGGUAAACCUAGGGCUCGGCAGCAUGUUUGGAACUAUUGAAGGGAUUAUUACACCUGUUGUGGACACUUUCAAAGUGAAGAAAGAAAUUCUUACUGUUAUCUGUUGUCUCCUGGCAUUUUGUAUUGGACUGAUAUUUGUGCAGCGCUCUGGGAAUUACUUCGUUACAAUGUUUGAUGAUUAUUCUGCUACCCUGCCUCUGCUAAUUGUCGUCAGUUUGGAGAAUAUUGCUGUAUCCUAUGUUUAUGGCAUAGAUAAAUUUAUGGAUGAUCUUAAGGAUAUGUUGGGCUUUGUACCCAACAAAUAUUACUACUAUAUGUGGAAAUAUCUUUCUCCUUUAGUGCUAUUAUCAUUGCUAAUAGCUAGCAUUGUGAAUAUGGGAUUAAGUCCUCCUGGCUAUAAUGCAUGGAUUGAAGAAAAGGCAUCUGAAGAAUUUCUGAGCUAUCCAACAUGGGGAAUGGUUGUCUGUAUCUUGCUGAUGGUCCUGGCAAUAUUCCCUGUCCCGGUGGUCUUUAUUAUCCGUUGCUGCAACCUCAUAGAUGAUAGUUCUGGUAAUUUAGCAUCUGUUACCUAUAAGAAAGGAAGGGUUCUGAAAGAGCCUGUUAACUUUGAAGGCGAUGACACGAGCCUGAUUCAUGGAAAGAUACCAAGUGAGAUGUCAUCUCCAAAUUUUGGUAAAAAUAUUUAUCGAAAACAGAGUGGAUCACCAACUCUGGAUACUGCUCCCAAUGGACGGUAUGGUAUCGGGUACUUGAUGGCAGAUAUGCCAGAUAUGCCAGAAUCUGACUUGUAGUUGGGGGAAAAAAUCAGCCAUUUAUUUAUUUCACUUAUCACUGAACAUUGACUCUAUUAUGAGAAGCAUUAGGCUUCACUUAUCAGAGGGCAAUCUCAGGUGUUCCAUGGCUGUGAUCUUUAAUCCUAACAGUGUACGUACAUUUAACUAGAGCAAUCGUUUUGAUUCUUUGGUUUAAAUUUCUGCUGAAAGGAUUACAAACAGCUUACAAUGACUGAGGUCUAUAUUUGUGAGGAUUUUUAUAGUACUUUCCGUGUAUUUUCAAGUAUUUCUAUCUCUAAAACAAACAAACAAACAAACAAACAAACAAACAGGUGUUACCUCAGUUUCUAAUAAUUUCUGAAUUUCAUAGUAUUGGCAAUUAAUUUAUGUUUACCUUCAGGGUAACUCCCAGUAUUACAAUGAGCAGUUUUGUAAGUCUCUGCCUCUCAGCACAUUUUCAUGACUAUAUUGUGUGGAUAGGCUGUACUUACUUUGUUACCUUCUUAGGCAUUGAUACCUUCUUAGGCAAUUAGUGAAGAAAUCUGCAAAAUAUUUUCUUAUGUAAUAGUUGUAUAGAGCAAUAGUAUCAAAGAAUAAGAAGGCACUAAUGCUUCGGAUGAGAGGUUAGAUCCAGAGGUGACUGGGGAUGAUGUUAGUGAUGACUGUAUAUUUUAUGUAAAAUGUAUCUAGGAAAAUAAUCUAAAAGUAAGUCACUCAGCACUCUUAAGAAUUAUGCAGAUUUUGCAUAAUUUCUAUGCCAUGUGCCUAAAAAAUUACUUGAUAUUUAUUGUGGUUCUGAGAUUACUUAUAGUAUAUUUAUAUAAUAUACUUGUAAUGUAUAUAGAUGUCUAUUAGUACUCUGAGUACUGAUUUGAAAACUUGAAGCAAGAUGGCAUUUUAUUUUAUAUCUUUCUGUUUUGCUUCUGUUUUAUGCAAAUAUAAAUCCUUUUUUUAAGUGAUUGUUAAAAUUGUAUGGCAUUACAUUUUAAUCUACGAAUAAACAAAAUUUAAAAAU